AUGCCACUUCUUCUUCUUCCUUGUAACUCUUCCUCUAUUUUCAAUAAUCCAAUUCUACCCCUCAACACUUCUCUUAUUUACAACACUGCCACCCAAUUCUCACCUUUCCCCAAAUGCCCACUUGCUAAAACCCCAAAAAAAUCUUCCAAGAAUCCAUCACUCCAUUGGAAUUCUCAGUUAAAUUUGCAUACCCAUGUCUUGUUUUGCUCUAAAAAUGAAAUCUUCGAAGAAUUUAGCAACACCCAAGUGACUGAAUCGCCUGAAAGUGAAGUGUCUGAAGAGCUUGAAUUGCUUAAUAAGCCAUAUUUAAAGAAAAUUAACAAUGGGGUUGGUGUAGACGUAGAGGAAGGGGAGAAGAAAGUUAGUAAAGAUGAAGUUUUGGAGCCAUUUUAUAAGUUGUUUAAGUCUAGUGAGUCUAAUGAGCAAGAAAGUGACAAUGAACAGGAGGAGGAGGGGGAGGAAGAGAGUAAGAAGGUUAGUGUAGAGUAUUACGAUGCGAAACCGGGUGAUUUGGUAGUUGGUGUUGUGGUUUCAGGCAAUGAGAAUAAGCUUGAUGUGAGUAUUGGUGCGGAUUUGUUGGGUACGAUGUUAACUAAGGAUGUUUUGCCUUUGUAUAAUAAAGAGAUGGAGUAUUUGUUGUGUGAUUUAGAGAAGGAUGCCGAAGAUUUUUUGGUGAGGGGGAAAAUUGGAAUUGUGAGUUAUGAUGAGGCAGUGAGUGGUGGGGAGUUGAUGUCAGGGAAGCCUGUUGUGGAGCCUGGGACUGUUCUAUUUGCUGAGGUUCUUGGAAGAACUCUUAGUGGUAGGCCAUUACUGUCGACAAGAAGGCUCUUUAGACGCACUGCUUGGCAUCGAGUGAGGCAGAUUAAACAACUAAAUGAACCUUUUGAGGUAAAGAUAACAGAGUGGAAUACUGGUGGUCUUCUUACAAGAAUAGAGGGUUUACGGGCUUUUCUUCCAAAGGCUGAAUUAAUGAACAGAGUUAACAGCUACACCCAGCUGAAGGAGAAUGUGGGGCGUCGAAUUAAUGUGCUUAUUACCAGGAUAAACGAAGACACUAAUGACUUAAUACUUAGUGAGAAAGAAGCUUGGCAAAUGUUAAAUCUGCAAGAGGGGACCCUUGUGGAAGGAACAGUGAAAAAACUUUUUCCCUUUGGUGCACAGAUAAGGCUUGGUGAAACAAACCGAAGUGGCUUGCUACACAUCUCAAAUGUCACUCAAGGCCGGGUUACUUCCAUAGGUAACUUGUUGGCAGUUGAUGAGAAGGUGAAAGUUAUGGUUGUGAAAUCAAUGUUUCCAGACAAAAUAUCUCUCAGUAUUGCGGACCUUGAAAGCGAGCCAGGGUUAUUUUUAUCGGACAAGGAGAGAGUAUUUUCUGAAGCAAAAGAGAUGGCGAAGAAGUUCAGACAGAACCUACGAAGUGUUUCAGCAAUAAAGAAACCCGAACCCCUUCCAACUGAUAGACUACCAUUUGAAGAUGAAGAAAAUAUGUAUGCUAAUUGGAAAUGGUUUAAAUUUGAGAGGGAUAAUGUAAACAUGGAAUGACCUCCCAACACAAAAUAUAUUGAGUUGUAUAUCCUUUCGGCACGUCUUUAGGUCAUUACUCAUUAGGUAAUUUAAUUUACAUUGUUCAAAAUCUCAGUACAUUCUUUACUGUACUGAGUCCCAUUGUUACUUAGCUUUCCUUUUUAGCACACUUUUGAAGUCUCGCAUCCUUUUGGAAAUAUCAUGCUUUCAUAAAUGGACACAUUUGGUAUUAAAAGUCCAUUUUGGGGCCUUCAA